CUGGUAACUAGCAGCUACCUUGAGGGUGAUCGGUCGGGGUGGCGGUCCUCAGGCUGGAGUCGGGGACGGGGUGAAGGCAGGGUGUGAGGCGGGUAAUGGCAAUGACAGAGCAAACUCCAUGCUUCCCAAUGAGUAACCACACAAAGGAGAGGGUCACCAUGACCAAAAUGACAUUGGAAAACUUUUACAGCAAUCUCAUCACACAGCAUGAGGAACGGGAAUUUCGGCAGAAGAGACUAGAAAAAGCAAUGGAAGAGGAAGGAUUAAGGGAUGAAGAGAAAAGGAUGCGAAGGUCAGCUCAUGCACGGAAAGAAACAGAGUUUCUAAGGCUAAAAAGGACAAGACUGGGACUGGAAGACUUUGAAUCCUUAAAAGUAAUAGGAAGAGGUGCAUUUGGAGAGGUCAGGCUGGUUCAAAAGAAAGACACAGGGCACGUCUAUGCAAUGAAGAUAUUACGGAAGACUGACAUGCUUGAAAAAGAGCAGGUUGGACACAUCCGCGCAGAACGAGACAUUCUGGUGGAGGCCGACAGCUUGUGGGUGGUGAAAAUGUUCUACAGUUUUCAGGACAAGCUAAACCUUUAUCUCAUCAUGGAGUUCCUGCCAGGAGGGGAUAUGAUGACAUUGCUGAUGAAGAAAGACACUCUAACAGAAGAAGAAACACAGUUUUACAUUGCAGAGACUGUACUGGCAAUUGAUUCUAUCCAUCAACUUGGAUUCAUCCACAGGGAUAUUAAGCCUGAUAACCUUCUCCUGGACAGCAAGGGACAUGUAAAGCUUUCAGAUUUUGGGUUAUGUACUGGACUUAAAAAGGCUCAUCGGACUGAUUUCUACAGGAACUUGAACCACAGCCUGCCAAGUGAUUUCAAUUUUCAAAAUAUGAAUUCUAAGAGGAAAGCAGAAACCUGGAAAAGAAACCGACGCCAACUGGCAUUUUCCACUGUUGGAACACCAGACUACAUUGCACCUGAAGUAUUUCUUCAAACUGGAUACAACAAGUUGUGUGAUUGGUGGUCAUUAGGGGUAAUCAUGUACGAGAUGUUAAUUGGUUAUCCUCCAUUUUGUUCUGAGACACCUCAGGAGACAUACAAGAAAGUCAUGAACUGGAAGGAAACGCUUAUAUUUCCUCCGGAGGUCCCGAUUUCAGAAAAAGCCAAGGAUCUUAUUUUACGCUUCUGCUGUGAAUGGGAGCAGCGAAUUGGUGCUCCCGGUGUAGAAGAGAUCAAAACAAACCAUUUCUUUGAAGGUGUUGACUGGGAACAUAUUAGGGAAAGGCCUGCUGCUAUUCCAAUUGAAAUUAAAAGUAUUGAUGACACAUCAAAUUUUGAUGAAUUUCCUGAUUCUGAUAUUCUUAAACCAAUGGGAGCUGUAAGCAACCACCCUGAAUCAGAGUUCAAGAACAAGGACUGGGUCUUUAUCAACUACACAUAUAAGCGCUUUGAAGGGCUUACAGCACGGGGGGCUCUCCCAUCUUUCAUCAAGCCAAGGAAGUGAAAGCGAUGUAUUUAAAUUUGGGAUAUCCAUUUUGUCAUUGCCUUGAAAUUUUUGGAGUGUAAUUUUCAUCCCAGAAGUGACUUGAGCUUCAGUAUUUCUUUUUAUAGUAUGUAUCUUUUGGAAAUGUCUAGGAACUGAUACUCUAAAAGGGACCUUGCCUGAAGAACAUCUUUCUUGUUUAAGCUCUUUGGAAAAUUCACUGUCUUCUUACACUUCAUUCCACUGAUUAUGGCUGAGAGGAUAAAUCGCCCAACAUCCAGGCAUUAAGAAAUCGUUGCAGCAUGGAUUCAUGUGGAUUUAUUUCUUAUGGCAGGUUAGCCCCUUAAAGGGCCUGAUCAUUCCAAAACACCACCACCCUCUGAAUCUGUUUAAAUAACAGAAGAAAUGCUUGUCUUAUUUAUUUCUAUUUUCUUUGCAUUUAAGAUGCAUGUUGGCAUUUUGUCAUUUUGAAAUAUGUUUGCAGUUUUGCUUGAUAAAUUGAAUUCUGCUAUGAAAUAGCACAAAAGUCAGCUCUCUUCUCAUUGUACAGCAUUAAAUAAUUUCUGCCUUAAUCCUUCA